AUGGCCGACAGCUCAAAGCAUGCCAUCGUUUUCGGCGCCUCUGGUCUAAUUGGUUGGGCAAUUGUUAACCAGCUCCUGCGUGGUUACCCGCGUCAUGGCACAUUCUCAAACAUCACCGCUGUUACGAACCGCCCGCUCGAUACUUCGGAGUCUUUGUGGCCUACGGAUUCGGACCAGCCAGACCUACAGCUCGUCUCCGGUAUUGACCUCCAUAAGGGCGAUGGGGCUACAUUGGCAGAAUCUUUGAAGCAGGCAGUGAAAGAUGUCGAAUCGGUCACUCAUAUAUAUUACUUGGUAUUUCAAGCAGUCGAGAACGACAUUGAUGAGGUAGCAAUCAACCGUCGUAUGUUUCAGAAUGUUGUCGAUGCCCACACGAUUCUCAGUCCCAACUUGCAAUUCGUAGCAUUUGCUGGUGGGACACGGGGAUAUGGAAUAUAUACCCCCGGAGGCACAUUUACUCCUCCGUUGACGGAGGACAUGGUCAAGAACUUGCCACCCGAUUAUGCCAAGACGGUCGUAUAUCCAGCAUAUCGUGAGCUGUUGAGCGCUGCAAGCAAAGGAAAGCACUGGACAUGGUGCGAAGUCUGCCCUGAUGCCAUUAUUGGGUUCACCCCCAACGGUUCCCAGUUCAGCUUAGCCCUCCAUUGGGCUCAGUAUCUAUCCCUAUAUACCUAUAAUCACGGUGUCAGGCCAUCUGCAACCGAAGCUGCAACAAGUUCUGUUGAAGUGCCUUUUCCUGGCAACGCCGCUGGUGCCAGCUCGUUAUUCUCCCCGGUAUCCAGCGCGACCAUUGCGCGUUUUAUGAUCUAUGCAUCGCUACAUCCCGAAACUUGUGGCGGCGGCCGUCUGUUCAACGUUGCCGACAAUGAGACACCGUGCAAGUAUGGCGAGAUCUGGCCCCAUUUAGCCAACUGGUUUGGCCUAGUGGGCGUUGGGCCGGUCGCUGAGAAAGCAUCAGCUCCAGACAACUCUAUGGGGGCUGGCGAGCUUCCAGAAUCGACUUCACUCUUGCCACCUGGAGAAUAUGUGACCAAGUACAGGUCCAUUUUCAACCAAAACGGUCGCGAGAACGCUGCCACCAAGGGUGUUGGAGCUGGUCAUCGGCAAUUGGACAGCGUGGGCUACUGGCUGACGUUCGAUCGGCAACUCAGUAUAACAAAGUUGAGGGAGACCGGGUUCGAAGGAGACAAGGAUCCUGUUCAGGGUUGGCUGUCUGCCUUUGAGAUGUUCAGAAAGGCCGGACUAAUACUUUGA